UCUGAGGACUUGGAUACGUCUUAGCUCAUUAAUUUCAAUACGAUUUUUAAUGUCAGUCUUGACUGACCAAUCAAGAAAUCGUUAAGUAAUUUUUAGCUUAUGUAACGAAAUGGCAUCACCGUAUCGAUAUGGAAUCCUCGCUGGACUUGCAGCCGGCUUAUACUUUUACGCCCCAAGUUUGAGCUGUGGUACGAAAUGGUUCAUUCUGUUGGGAUCGUGGUUGGCUAGUGGUGGCUACUACAUUUGCUAUUUGGCCUACCAUACCCUUGGAAGAGAUUUGAGAUUGUUAAAGAGAGGAAUCGGAAUCUUGACCACUUUAGCCUAUUAUAAGUAUAUGGACAAAAACGUGAUCCAAGUGUUUCGGAGUGUUGUGAAGAAGUCUCCGAAAAACGUCAUGUUGGUGAAUUGUGGCACUGGUCAAGAAUGGUCCUAUUCUCAGGUGGACGAGUACAGCAACAAAGUAGCCAACUAUCUCCUCAAGAUGAAAUUCAAGAAAGGUGACACCGUCGCGUUUUUCAUGGAGAACCGCCCAGAGUACAUUGCCACAUGGUUGGGAAUGGCGAAAAUUGGUGUCAUACCGGCCUUGAUUAAUUACAAUCUUCGGAAUGACUCUCUUUACCAUACGAUUCAAGUGGCGGGCUGCAGUGCAAUCAUUUAUGGAUUGGAACUAGAUAACGCUGUGUCCGAAGUUAUGGCAAAGCUGAUGUCGGCAAACGGUAACAAAUUCCCCUGCUAUUAUUCACUUUCGGGGACCGACUUGGACGAACAGAGCAAGUCCAAGAUCCAGCAUUCUCAAUCCCUCGAUCAGGCCUUAAAGAGUUCUUCCAGUGAACAAGAGCCCCUAAGCGUUAGCCAAAGUAUUCACUCGCUGGAUCCUCUUUUGUACAUCUACACUUCCGGAACAACGGGACUUCCUAAAGCCGUCAUUAUCAAACACAUCAGACAAUUGUUCGCUUGCAUAGCGAGCAUUUAUACCAUUGGAUUAUAUUCGAAUGACGUGGUGUAUUGUCACCUACCCUUGUAUCAUUCUUCGGGCGGUCAAGUCGCUACCUCGGCGGCUCUUUUCUUGGGAACAAAAACCGUGAUUCGGAAGAAGUUUUCCGCGUCUAAUUUCUGGACAGAUUGCAUCAAAUAUGACAUUACGGCAACUCAAUACAUCGGAGAAAUUGCCCGAUACCUUUUAACGGCCAAGAGCAUUCCGGAAGAGAAGAUGCAUAAGAUCCGAAUCAUGUUCGGCAAUGGACUCAGGCCCCAGAUCUGGAAACAGUUUGUGGAUCGAUUCAAUAUCCCGAAUAUCGCCGAGUUCUACGGAGCAACGGAAGGGAAUUCGAACAUCAUCAAUAUCGAGAAUCGUGUCGGCUCCGUUGGUUUCAUCGGCGUGAUAUUCCCAGAUUUCCUGAUCGAAAAACUGCUCCCUUUGAGUGUGAUCAAAAUUGAUCAAGAGACUGGGGAGCCAAUUCGAGGAUCGGACGGACGUUGCAUCAAAACGGAGCCAAAUGAACCUGGAGAGUUUAUCGGCAAAAUUGUCCGGGGAGAUCCAGUCAAAGAUUUUGACGGAUAUAAAGACUCAGUAGCUACAAAGAAGAAGAUCCUUACGGAUGUUUUUAAAAAGGGUGACGUCUACUUCCGGUCCGGUGAUAUUCUUAUUCGUGACAAAUUCGGCUAUCUGUACUUUAAAGAUAGACAAGGAGACACUUUUAGAUGGAAGGGAGAAAAUGUCUCAACCACCGAAGUUGAAGCCAAUGUCUCAGAAGUUCUCAAUAUGCUUGAUGCUAUUUCUUACGGAGUUGAAAUUCCCAAUACAGAUGGUCGGGCAGGAAUGAUUGCUUUGCCGGCAAAGGAUGCCAAAAAUGUGGACUUGAAUAAGCUUCAUGAAGGCUUGAGGAACAAACUGCCUUCAUAUGCUGUACCCAUGUUUGUACGGUUGGUCAAGGAAAUCGAUAUGACAGGCACUUAUAAGUUGAAGAAGAACAAUCUUCAGAAGGAAGGCUACGAUGUGACAUCCUUGGAGGACGCGGUGUUCUUUCUUGAUGCGAGACAAAAGAAGUACGUUCCGUUAACUAAAAGUCUGUACCAGGAAAUUAAUGACGGAAAAGUCAGGUUGUGAAGGGAAGCCAGAGGGAGCUGACCACCUUUCACUAUACAUCCUAAAUAAUAAACUUUCCUAAUUAUGA